AUGGUUUGGUGCACACCAAUUUCUGGAGAGGAUGCUGGUGGCAAGAUACUGGUGGAGCAGCGACUGCUACCACAUCCCGAUGUGGUCUGCUGGAGUAGAGACCACUUUGCAACAGCCCUCAUCGCAGGGAUUGGGCUGGGAGUUUGGUGUGCUUUGGUUCCCAUCCUUCUGUUCUUGCGGAUCUACAACCUGAAGGACCGCCAGAGCCCGGAGAACUUCCGAAGGUAUGGCUAUUUCAUUGAAGGCUAUGAGCCGCAAUUCUGGUGGUGGGAUAUCCUGGUGAAGCGUACUGAUAUUGGACUCAUGAACUUGGUUACUUACACUUCUGUAGCAGAUGAUGAGAAGGCCAAGCUACUCUUAUUUCCAUUCAUCUCUGGGGGGAUGUUGGCUGUUGCAGCCUGGUGCAAGCCAUUUGCCAACACGCAAGCGGAAAUCCUGGACUUCCUGGAAAUGAGCCUGUUGAGCUUUCGAUUUGUCCUCUUCAGUGCUGUUUGCAUGCUGCUGAUUUUUAAUCCAUCGCCGGAAGCAACCUACGCUGUGGCCGGAACUUUGGCCCUCCUGCUUGCGGGCAUUUGCGCAUAUUUCGGAUUGCAUGUCCUGGUUCAAAUUCUUCGAACAACUGCAGAUGAGAGCAGUGAGGAAGAAGAUUUUGAGACUCCGAAAACAGGAAAGACGGGCUUGUCACAAUCUCAGGCUGAAGCCAAGAAGAAGAAACAGAAUCCGCUGGUGAGAUUCAUAGGCCUUCGGUUUGCAAAAUGCUCUUGUGACGGCAAUGUGAAGAAAAGGGUCGUCGACUUGGCACUUCCUCUCUUCCAGGAAUCAGAAGAUGAAAAGCUGUUGGUUGAGUGGUCUGUGCAGAACAACAGCUGCAAGUUGGUCUCUGCAGCGAUAGUUCAUCACUCCCAGAAACUGCUCGUUCAGAGUAGCUCUGGCCGUGCAGUAGCAAUGGCCAAAGGUGCAAGAGCUCAACUCUUGCGCUUUGGUGCUGCAUACCAGAAACGAACAAUCACCAAGGCAUGGAGAUGA